UUUUUUUUGUAAUAUAUCCUGUUAGGGAAGACAUUAGGAACAUACUGGGGUAUUUUCUUUUUCUUUUUUUAAAUCUUUAAGUGACUCUCAUACAUAGCAGGCACAAUUCUGGAUUUAGUUAAAGCUGUAUAAUUUGCAAUGUCUGUGGAUAACACAUUCUGCUGAAUAAGAAAGCUACUUCCUUUGGUCAAUGGUACUCCUCCUCCUUUGAUUUUAGGAAGUGUACAUUACCAAAAGAUUGUGUUCCUAGCACUUUAUAGUUCCUUUAUGCAGUAACUCUGGGUGAUUGGCAUAAAGCAAGUCAUUUGUUCACUAAUUCAAGAGGAUGAUGAGGAUCUUUUUCAGUUUCCUUAUUCUUGACACUUUGAAGAUGUGCACUUUGAAGAUAGCGCACUUCAAACCACAUGGUUAUAUUACCGAUUCAGUAGAGUACAACUAUGAACCACACUAUGAGCCAGAAUUUAGUGAUUCAAUCAUGAUGAGUAUAAGUUGUUGCUGUUGUAGCAGCGAUCAUGAAGAAUACAAUGGUACAGAUGCUUCUUUCACUCCUCCAACUGAUUCUCCCAUGUCAAAUGUCACUAUUACUAAGAAAAUUCGCCUUUACUGCCAAGAUUUAGUGAGGGAAAAUAUCAAUUUAAAUAUGUGUGAAGAAGAAUGGAGACAAACAAACAAUGCAUAUUGCUCUGAGAUGAAACUUUUCUUCAAAGGCUUGACAUCCCUCUGUGAAAAGGACACAUAUCCUGAAAACUCCUUGAAAGGCUUGAUAAAUUCCUUUGAAAACGUUUCUGACAGCCGUUCAAUCCACUGGGAUAUUGAAGAAAAGAAAAAUUUUGUACAAAAUUUGCCCUUCUUAAUGGAAGGAAUAAGCUCAGUUGCCCUAUUAAUUACUUUUGAAGAAAACAAAUCACAAACUGUGGAUCAAAACUCCAUGGGGAUCCAAACAACUCUCAUCAGUCUAGAAUCCUUAGAAAACAAUGAAGCACUCAAGUUAAAAGCUAAAGGAGAUCAAAUGGCCAUCCACCCAAUAGCAUUGGCAGAAUCUGCCACAAUCACAGGUUCAAUUGCUGUGGCUUUUAUAUCAUAUGUUGGGCUGGAAUCACUCCUAAAAGAGACUUUACUGCAGAAUGGAACAUUCCUGGGUAAUGAAACACUGACAGGUGUUUAUACUAUGAACUCUAAGCUAGUAAGCAUUUCCACCAGCAACUAUGAAACAAAUAUUUCUACCCCAGUCAAUGUCACCUUUGAGCAUCUCAAGAAAAAAGUUGCCCAGGAAAAGGUUCUCUGUGUCAACUGGAUUUCUGGUGCCUUCUCCGAUCAUGGUUGCCAACAGCUCUUUUCUAACAGCACCCAUACAGAAUGCAGCUGUCAACAUCUGUCCAGUUUUGCUGUACUGAUGGCCACAACUCACAAACAAGGAGAUCUGAUUCUCACCAUUAUUAGCUAUCUUGGGUUGUCCAUCUCAGUCAUCUGUCUCUUCCUGUGUAUUGUCACAUUCCUCUUCUGCCGCUCCAGCCACAACAGCAGCACCUUCAUCCACCUACAACUGAGCUCCUGCCUGUUUUUUGCAGACCUCUUCUUCAUAUUUGGAAUAGAUAAAACAGGCAACAAGAUCCUGUGUUCAAUCAUAGCUGGAAUUCUGAAGUAUCUUUUUUUGGCCUGUUUUGUCUGGAUGUUCUUGGAAGCUGUCAAUCUCUACCUCAUUGCCAGAAACUUGAAAGUUGCAAAUUACAGCGGGGCCAGCAAAUAUAUGAAGAUAUCUAUGUACCUCAUUGGUUAUGGGUGUCCUGUCCUGAUUAUAGCUAUUUCUGCAGCAAUUAAACCUGGAGCCUUUGGAACUCUUUAUCACUGCUGGCUUAAUCCAAAUUUUAUCUGGAGCUUUGCAGGACCUGUCUGUGUGAUAAUUGUGGUCAACCUAGUGUUUUUCUGUCUUAUUCUGAAGACUUUGCAUGAAAAACUGGCCACUCUCAAUUCAGAGAUAUCUUCAAUCAGAAAUACCAGAUCACUGAUGUUUAAGGCCAUAGCCCAUGUGUUCAUCCUGGGUGUGACUUGGUGUUUUGGCCUCUUUCAACAUGGUCCUUUGGAAGACGUUAUGGCAUACAUGUUCACCAUCUUCAACAGUGCACAGGGAAUCUUCAUCUUCUUGGUGCACUGCUUGCUCAACCAAAAGGUGAGAGAAGCUUACUGGCGUUGGGUAUGUUGCAACAAAGACAUCAAACCUCCUGUUUCUGAGAUAACUAUGACCUCUGUUCCCAUCAGCAACUCUUUGGCAAAUGAACCAUCUAUUAAUGAAGUGCAUAACCAGAAGAUUGAAUGGGAAGAACAACGAUAGCACACUGUCUCUCCUUUGGACUCUUUGUUCAGUUGAAUGAAACUGAAGAAAAUUGGGAUACAGUCAGCCACUUUUAAUUCUCUUUCCUUGCUGAUCUCUGGAGCCACAUUGUCUCCAAUGUGGAGAACUUUUUUCCCCCCAACCCAUUCCUUGUUUUAACUCACUUAACCAGAAAUAGGGUGGUAAAAGAAAAUAUAGAGGGGGCAGCUAAUCUGCUUGCCACUAACUAUAAUAUCAACUGGAUAUGUUGUUAACUAAAUUAAAAACACAGAGCCUUGAAUAACUCUAUAAUGCAGGAUGAAUUUAAAUCUCUUUUUCAUAUAUUAUGAAUAUAUUAUCAGUACUUUUCCUAAUGGAUUGCCUUCUUAUGCAUUAAUAUCUUUGUAGAUAGAGUAUUGGAUAAAAUGUUUUUAUUUCUCAGGUAGAUAUUGAUAAUGUUCUGCAAAUUAUUUAAAGAGGCAGUUUCACUUGUGACUACACUGUAAACCAAGUGUCAUUCUUUGAACCAUCUUAACUACGAUACAUCUUUCUCAAGAUAUGGCUCUUUCCUGUGUUGUUGGAAUGCAUAGAACACUCUUCUGCCAUAAUUUUGUUGGUUUUUAAGGAACAAUAUAUUGCUAAGACCAGGGGUCAGCAACCUGCAGCUCUGGAGCCGCAUGCGGCUCUUUAACCCCUCUGCUGCGGCUCCCUGUCACUCAAAAUAUGCAUCACAACCACCAAUGUGCGACAUCUGCCAGCACAUGAUUUAUUGAGCUUUUCAACCCCCAGUAGGCUAACCAUGGAUAAAUCCAAGAAAAUAAAAGUUUUAGAAGAAAACAGAAUGUUAAAUUCAACUACAUAUGCUAGUUUUGGGGCCGCUCAAGAAAUAGUCAGGCACAGGAAGGGUUUUGUCGCUCCCGGUGUUUUCUUUUCUGUGGGAAACGGGUCCAAAUGGCUCUUUGAGUGUUUAAGGUUGCAGACCCCUGGCUAAGACAUUGAAGUUAAGUGAUUUAUACUCCAUGUAGGUAAACUUUAUUGUUUUGCUUUAUAAUAAGAAUAAUAUAUUAAGUACUUGAAUUUAUAAUUUCACUGUCUGACAUUUAAUAUAUUUAUUAUUUACUUCCUUCCCUUCCCUUUCAGGACUUUUAUAAAUGUACAAUUAUAUACUUUA